GCUGGAGUGGCGCUGGAUGCCCGGGCUCACACAUCGCGUCCCGUCUUCCACAGACUGCUACAUUGGAUUGACUAUCGCCCUUCAGUCUUCCAAAUUUGUUCACUACUCGCCCCCAUCCACCUGCGGCAAGCGCCGAUAUUGGCGGACGCGGCGGCCAUGGCCGUGGCGCCGGACCAGAAGCAGCGACCUGCAGGGUCCUCCUCGGCAUCUCCUCACCUCCGCGUCCACGACACCAUCCUCGUGGCGCCGUCCCCGUCGCCGCCGGAGACCUCGCUCCCGCUCACCUUCUUCGACAUCAUCUGGCUCAACUCCCCGCCCGUCGAGCGCCUCCUCUUCUACCGCCUCGCCCCCGAUGCUGACGUCGCCACCAUCAUCUCCAACCUCAAGGACUCCUUGCACAAGGCCUUCCGAGUCUUCUACCCGCUCGCCGGCCGCCUUCGCCUCACUCCCGGCACAUCGGACCGCUACGAGCUGUACUACAGCCCGGGUGACGCCGUCACCUUCACCGUCGCUGAGUGUGACGACGGCGAUGCGGACAUCGAUGGCCUCGCCGCUGGCGACCCCCGAGAGGUAGCGAAGAUCGGGACGCUGGUGCCGCCGUUGGCGGAGGGCGGCGGGCUGUUCGCCUUGCAGGCCACGCUGUUGUCCGCGCGCCGCGGCCUCGCCAUCGGUGUGACCGUGCACCACGCCGCCUGCGACGGCUCGAACUCAACGCACUUCCUGCACACCUGGGCAGCCGCCUGCAGCGGCACCGAAGCUCCGCCCCCACCUGUCAUCGACCGGACUCUCCUCGCGGACCCGAGGGGCCUCUACAACGUCUUUUAUCAAGAGGCACCGAGCACUGAUGAGAUGGAGUUCGCCAAAAUGUCCGCUGACCAGCUCUUCGCCACGUUCACUCUGUCCAAGGACGACCUGCAGCGCAUCAAGGAGGUCGUGGCCGACGAGGCCGCGAGGCGCGGCGUUGCGCCGCCACGGUGCUCCUCUCUGGUUGCCACCUUCGGCUUCGUCUGGUCAUGCUACCAGCGAGCCAAAGAGAGCUGCGGCUCCGGCGAGGGCCCAAUGACCUGCAUCCUCUUCCCUGUCAACCACCGCUCGCGGAUGAAGCCUCCGCUCCCGGAAAGGUACCUCGGCAACUGCGUCGGCCCAGCAUUCGGGAUGGCACCCAAGAGCGAGCUGGCGGUGGCAGGCGUAGGAGGCCUCUUCACAGCGUGCGCCGCGGUCGCCUCCGCCAUUGACGAAGCUGUGCGCGACAUCGGGACAUCCAGCAUGGACGCCUGGUUGGACCGCAUCAAGGAGGCAAGCGCAAAUGGCAUACUGUCCGUGGCUGGCUCACCGAGGUUCCGUGUCUACGAGCUGGACUUCGGUUUUGGCCGGCCACUGAAGGUGGACAUCGUGUCCGUGGCGAGGACCGGUGCAGUGGCGGUGGCGGAGAGCCGGAGCUGCAUCGGCGGGAUGGAGGUCGGCGUGUCCUUGCAGCCGGCCGGCAUGGAUAGGUACCGGAAGUGCUUCACGGAUGGUAUCGCGUGGCUCCACCAGCGAAGCUGAGAUGAGAUAUGUGGUGGACGAGGGAGACGAAGACAAACCUGCACGAACGGUCUACUACAAGAUCAUUGUUACAGCGAGCCGAGUCACAAGUGGUGGAGUUCUUCACGAAUCUGCUGGGCAAGGCAAGUUUUUUGUGCACUUGUGUUAGGAUUUUGUCAAGUUUGCAGAUCUGAGUCCCCCUCCUCUGGACUGUGACGGAUCCACCUCGGAUUGGCCUGAUUAAAGCACGGUUAAGUCUCCUAACAUGCAACACUCAUGCCUCAGUCAAGCUAACACGAAGUGUCGUCGGAUUUCAUCCGAUUUGACCACUUAACAGGACUGAAUUAGCAAACUCACACGAAGGUGAGCAGUUACAGAGAAUACAAUAGGUCCACCACAAGAUUAACAAGUUGAGACACACUUGGUUGCAAAACAAAGCUUAACAAGUUCUGAAGAAAACAACAGAAGGUAAAAUAAGUGGAAGCUAAGCGUAAGGGUCGGACGUCCUUGGUGAGGCCAGCCAAGACAUCAGUGAUCCCUUUCCUCGCCGUCCGAGGAGGGAUCCCACUCAACCGUCCAACCCGGAGGGAGCUGGGGCGGCCAAGUACCAACAGGGACAAGCUCAGGAGCGGCGACUUCACCUGAAAAGAAAGCCACAACAAGGCUGAGCUGCUAAGCUCAAUAAGACUUAACCGACCGGUGGUAAACUACUCCACCACUUCUAGACAUGCAAGGCUUUUUGGCUGAGGUGUUUGUUUGCCAAAAGCACUAUGUAGAUCCUUAUUUUCAAAAUUUUAGCUCAGAUUCUAAGUU